AUGGCUGCACUGGACAAUACAGGUAUGUCUACAUCCAAAGUUUUAGCAGAGUGUAGGGAAACAUUAUUUAGUGAAACUGAUGUCAGUACUGAAACCACAACAAUGAAAAACACGAUCAAUUCUAUUUUUGAAAUGUUUACUGAAGUGAAAUCAAGACUGUCUAAAAUUGAGGAAAAUACCAGCACUCUCGAGGAGAUUAACACAAAACUCGGCAACCUAACUGUGAGGGUAGAAAGAUCAGAAACAGAUAUCAGUUGUAUGAAAAAUAAGAUAAGGGACAUGGAAAGUGACAUACAGGGUAACAGUGAUAUCAUGGAUCGGGUAAAGGCUGCAAAUGAUACAGUCGGCAGAAACGUUACAAACAUGAAGAAAAGCAUUGACAAAUUGGAAAAAAAUGAAAAUGAAGUCCUAGAUGAAGUUGAUGAAUUGCACGAAAUGAUAGAGGAAAUGAAAGAUAGGGCUACUGAUGCACAGUGCAGGAGCAUGAAGUAUAAUCUGAUAUUUUCAGGUAUUCCAGAGAAAAUUUGGGACCAAAAUCGGAGUCUAGAUGAUGAUGAAAUAACAUUGAAAAAUUUCAUUGAAAGUAAACUCAAAAUUGUAAACGCCCAUGACAUUGCUAUGGCCAACGUCCAUAGAAUCGGCCAACGCGACAGGCGUACCGGUACACGGCCAAGAUCAAUCAUAGCAAAGUUUAUUUACUACAAGGAUUUACUGAGAGUCAAGCGGAGUGCUAAAGAACUAAAAGGGUCACAUUUUGGUAUAAACGAACAGUUUCCAAAGGAAAUUGAAGACAAAAGGAAAAUUUUAUAUCCGGUAGCGAAAGAAGCUAGGAAAAACGGGAAAAAAACUGUGUUGAACAGAGAUCAGCUGUACAUAGAUGGUGUACUAUAUAAGGGCCCGGAUGUUCAGCCCAUGGCCAGUCAGCAUACGCCCACUCAACAACCGCGCUCGAAACGUAGACGGGUGAUUUCAAAUCAGCACGAAUAGGGACGCGCCGGAGGGCAAAAUAUAGACACUAGUUUGGUUUCAAACGAGCCGAUUAAUACAUAUGGUGGUGGUGGAAAAAGUAACUAUAAUGCAUGUACAAUACAAAUACUGUCGUUAAAUGUUUGUGGCUUAGUGAGAAAAGCUCAAUAUCCUGAGUUUCGUGAAUUUGUAAAUAGUUUUGAUAUUUUAUGUCUCUGUGAAUCCAAAACUGAUGAUUUAGAUGUCAUUGAUUUGCCAUGUUUUAAAACUGUAAUGAAAAAUAGGACAAAGUUUAAAAAAGUGAAGUCGGGUGGUAUAGUUAUAGCAUAUAAAUAUGACUUGGAAGAUUAUGUCUAUGAAGUACAAAGUGAUAGUCAAUACGUAAGCUGGUUUAGGUUAGAUGGCGCGAAGUUACAAAGUGAUGAUGAUUUUUUAUUUGGAAUGGUUUAUGUCCCACCCGAGAAUUCUACAUACUGUAUUGGUGAUCCAUAUUUGGAAAUUGAAACUGAAUACUUGAGGUUAUCAGCUAAUUACAAAAAUGUGUGUUUGUUAGGAGAUUUUAAUGCAAGAACUGCGAGCUCUGUAGAUUUUAUUGAUUACAAUGAAAUAGACGAUAGAGAUCAAUUAACAGCUGAAAUCCUAAAUGAAGUUACAUACAUGAAUGUAUUUGAAAAUUCCGGUUUUGCUAAGAACAGAAAAAGUCAGGACUUACACAAAAAUAAUUUUGGGAAUCGACUAUUGGAUUUUUGUAAAUAUAAUGACAUUUUUAUCUGUAAUGGUAGAGUUGGUCGUGAUAGAGAUAUAGGUAAGUACACCUGUAAAAGUUCUAGCGUUGUCGAUUAUGUCAUAUGUUCCUCUGAGCUCCUAAAACGCAUACGUGACUUUGAUGUUUUAGAUUUUAGCCCUCUUAUGUCAGAUGCACAUUGUCCCCUAACUCUUACUAUAGGUGGUAUGGCCAAUACAGUUACCAAUGAUAACAUUAAUACACAUGAUACAACAGAUUAUACUGAACGUAUUAAAAACUGGGAGACUGAGAAAAUCCAACAUUUUAUUGAGAAUAUAAACGAUGACAAAAUUCAGAAUAUUAUUGAUACAAUUAACCAAUGCAAUAAUACGAACGACCUAGAUGUCAAUACACUUAUGGCAGACUGUAGUGAUGUGCUUGUAAGUGCUGCUAAGUCAACUUUUGGUAUAUACAAAUAUAACCAUACUAAUAUAUGUAAAAAGCCAAAAUCAAAUUCUAAACCCUGGUUUGACGGUGAAUGUAAGGCGGCCAGGAAGUUAUUCCGACGCCAUAAAGGUAUGUACAGACGUCACAAAAAUGAUUAUUUCUUCAAUAAAUAUAAAGAAUCAGAAAAAUCUUACAAACAUACAAUGGAUAAAAGUAUUAAUAAAUUCAGAAGAGACCUCCGUCGUAAGUUGAAAGAUAUGAAAAGUAGUAAUGCACGGGAUUACUGGAAACUACUUAAAAGUUCUAAUAGUACACAUAAAAACAAAAAAGGUAACAUAUCGAUUGACACGCUUUUUAAUUUCUUUAAAACCUUAAAUGUUGGAGUAGAUGAUAACAUGUUUGAUAAUAAUGAUAUUGAUAUGGGUCCUGUAAAUAAUGUAUUAAAUAGUAAUAUAACCAGAGAGGAGGUGGAACAUGCUAUUAAGCUACUGAAAAACAAUAAGGCUUGCUCGGAUGAUCUCAUCAUUAAUGAAUAUAUUAAAUAUUCGCCCUCUAAAAUGAUUGAUCUCUAUGUUAUAUUAUUUGAUGUUAUUUUUAGCACAGGGAAAAUCCCAGAAAGCUGGCUUCGAGGCUCUAUUGUACCUAUUUAUAAAAAUAAGGGUUCUCCCUCAGACCCUAAAAAUUAUAGGCCGAUUACUAUUGUAAGUUGCAUCGGCAAACUAUUCACAAGUAUUUUAAAUGCAAGACUAUUAAAGUAUUCCGACGAAGUUAAUCUAAUAUGUGAAAACCAAGCUGGAUUUCGCAAGAAGUAUUCAACUAUAGACAAUAUUUUUGUGCUGUAUUCCCUAAUUAGUCUUACUAAUAUGAUGAAAAAGAAGCUGUACUGUAUUUUCAUUGAUUUUGAAAAGGCCUUUGACAAAGUUUGGAGAAAUGGUCUGUGGAACAAAAUGUUGUUAAAUCAUAUAAAUGGCAAAAUGUAUACAAUUAUUUACAAUAUGUAUCAAGGUAUUAAAUCUAACAUAUCAUUUAAUGGUCAGAAUUCUGCAUUCUUCGCAUGCAAUAAUGGAUUGAGGCAAGGGGAAAACUUGUCUCCUUUUUUAUUUAGUUUAUAUUUGAAUGACCUUGAGGAGUUUAUGACUAGAAAUAAUGUUACCGGUUUACAGUGCCUGACAAACCAACUUGAAGUUGAUUUACAUAUGUAUAUUAAACUAUUUAUUUUGUUGUAUGCUGACGAUACAAUCUUAUUUUCUGACACCCCAGAAGACCUGCAAAUGCAGCUAAAUGUUUUUAGUGAAUAUUGUAAAAUAUGGAGACUGAAAGUUAACAGUGAGAAAACAAAAUGUAUGAUAGUCAGUAAAGGUCGUCUAAAUAACAGAUUACAAUUCAAAUUUGAUACUGAAGACAUAGAAAUUGUCCAAAGUUUUUCAUACCUGGGCACUGUUUUUUCACGCACAGGUUCUUUUAAUGAAGCUAAAAAUUACAAUGUUAAAAAAGCAACAAUUGCUAUGUAUGAUGUUUUAAAGAAAGGAAGGUUAUAUAACCUAUCUGUUCAGUGUAUAUAUGAUCUGUAUGAUAAAAUUGUAAAACCUAUAUUGUUAUACGGAUGUGAGAUUUGGGGUUUUACAAAUCUACAAGUCAUUGAGAGAGCGCACUUAAAGUUUUGUAAGUUAUUAUUAGGGGUCAAACGAAGUACACCAACGUCUAUGGUUUAUGGUGAACUUGGAGCUUAUCCUUUGAAUAUCUCAGUUAAGACGAGAAUGUUGACCUAUUGGUCUCAAUUGAUUAAUUCAAAAGAAAACAAACUAAAUGUAAUAACUUAUAAACUGUUAUGUCUAAACCAAUACCGUAAUAAUAAUGUUCCCUAUAUACGUUAUAUACAACAAUUAUUAGAUGAAUGUGGUAUUAGCUAUGUGUGGAAUAUCCAGUAUAUCCAGGAAUUAGAUACUUCUUGGAUAAAGUCAUAUGUAAAACAAACACUCCAUGAUCAGUUUAUACAGCAGUGGGAUAAUGAUGUAUUUAAUUCUUCUAAGUCUGGUUGUUACAGAAUUUUUAAAAACAAAUUUGGUUUUGAAUGCUAUCUAGACGUUCUUACAGAUAAAGAAAGAAAUACUUUUUGUAAGUUCAGAACUACAAAUCAUAGACUGAUUAUUGAAACUGGAAGGUGGAAUAAUAUUGAACGCCACGAAAGAAUAUGUACUUUUUGUAAUAGUCAACAAAUAGGAGAUGAAUUCCAUUAUCUGCUAGAAUGCCAGUCAUUAGCUGCGCAUAGAAAAUUAUAUCUAAAUAAAUAUUAUUAUACAAGGCCGAACAUAUUAAAAUUUAGAGAUCUUAUGAACUCAAACCACGUAAAUACAUUGAAAAAACUCUGUAAAUUCAUUAGUAUUAUCUUUAGCAAUGUGUCCUCCAUAGCAUGAUGUUACACAUCAUGUUCAUCUUGACUUGAUCGUUUUGUUGAUUUGAAAUUAUAUAAAAUGGUAUCAUGCGUAACGAUAUGGUUAAAUAUCAGAUGUUUUGAUAAACUAAUUGAUACAGUCUGCGUGUGCAUACUUUAUACACUGGCUGAACAACUGUAUAUAACUUUUGUAUUGUGUAAAUAUGUUUUCUCUGUACUGUUAUGUAUGGUUAAAGAGAAAUAAAUUGAAUUGAAUUGAA